AUGCUGCUCGUGGUCGUCGCCGGCUGCAUGCGCGGCGACUUGGCACAGAACGGCGCGUAUCGCGACGAUCCAAGCGCGCCAGUCUGGGCCAGUGGCACCCUCACGACAGCCUACUUUGCGUGGCUGCCCUACACGACGUGGGGGUACGCCGGUGUCGAGUCGCUCACACUCAUCGCUGGCGUCACGAAGGAUCCGAAGCGCACGUUGCCUCGCGGUAUGCUCUUUGCGGUCGUGACGCUCUUUUGCUCCAACAUUUCCAUGGUGUUUGUCGUGCCGUCGCUGCCACCAGGCAUUGCCUCCGCGGUGAACGCAACGUUCCCGCUCAACAACGGACUUGGCAUGCUCGGAAUUUCCGACGUCGUUGGGCAGUGGCUGAUUCUACCGGCGCAAAUGGGCAUGGCGGCGGGCUUCUUCCUGCAGUACGCGCACUUGACGCAGUCGCUCGCCAACUCCAACAUGCUGCCGGCGUGUCUUGGCCUCAAAAACCAGCCGACGACGCUCAAACCCAUGGUGGCCGCGUCCGCUUUGGGGUACCUCCUCUGUACGGCAGCGCAUUUGAGCCCUGCGUUUCAGCAGGCCGAGCAAAACCUCUUUAUUCUAGCGGCAACAUUUUGCUACAGCGCGCAGCUCAUUGGGUUCGUCAUGCUUCGGACAACGUACCGCUGCGACUCGAAAGAAUUUACAAGUCCGUUUGGUAUUCCUGGCGCCAUUUUUGCCGGUAGCGUCUACCUACUGCUCGCGCUCUCAAUCGCCGGUGGAUUCCAGGGCGACGACGGUGUCGCGGCCGCGUCGUUAGCCGUGUUUCUCCUGCUGCUCUUGCUGUACUACCACACUGUGUGCAAGGCGACCCAGACGCUCACAAAGGACGAGUAUGCGGCCGUGUUUAGGUUUUCCGUCAUGAAGUACAACGCCGCGCGACGCAACAAGUCGCGGUCGAGCCGCCGGAGCUCGGUCGCCAAGACGAUUGCAUGGGCCGUCAGCCUCGUCGCCGCGUCCAACGAAGCGACCAAGCACCAAGCACCAAGAACGAUCACGGUCAAGACCCAGCGCAGCGUCGCCAAGUCCCAACGCG